GAUAAGAAAGAAGUUGGUCGUCACAAAUUUCAGCAGUCGGUAGCAGCAGCAUGAGCAGCGAGGCCAAGCCGGUCGCGAUCGCGCCCCUCGCCAAGUACAAGCUCGUCUUCCUUGGCGACCAGGGUGUCGGCAAGACGUCGAUGAUCACGCGCUUCAUGUACGACACGUUUGACAACGCGUACCAGGCCACGAUCGGGAUUGAUUUUUGAGCAAAACCAUGUACCUCGAGGAUCGCACCGUGCGCCUCCAGCUCUGGGACACGGCCGGCCAAGAGCGCUUCCGCAGCCUCAUCCCGAGCUACAUCCGCGACUCGUCCGUCGCCGUCGUUGUCUACGACAUUACGAACCGCGCGUCCUUUCUCAACACGAGCAAGUGGAUCGAAGACGUCCGCGCCGAGCGCGGCCAAGAUGUCGUCAUCAUGCUUGUCGGCAACAAGACAGACAUUGCGGACCGCCGGCAGGUGUCAAUAGAAGAGGGCGCCGACAAGGCCAAGGAAGAGAACGUCAUGUUCAUCGAGACGAGCGCCAAGGCCGGCCACAACAUCAAGGCGCUCUUCCGGAAGCUCGCGACGGUCUUGCCUGGCAUGGAGACGACGCCGGCCGCGGCGACCGAUGCCAACCUGAUUGAUAUCAAGCUCUCGGCGGCGCCGGCGCCCAAAGAGUCGACGGCCGAGACCUGCGGCUGCUAAGAAUAUGCAAACGCGCUUUUUAAGAUACGACUUCUACAUGGACCCCUACGAAACAAAGUGUGCUGGCUACUUGCGCCGACUGCCGCCGCUCUGCACUUCGCGCUCGCGCUCGAGG